AUGGCAGGCAAUUCUCCCCACGGCGGAGGUUUUCCAGGUGCCAGAGAUGAUUUCGAUCCCAUGACUCUACCCCCGAGGACCCGACCUUUUAUUCCCGGGAGAGCACCACCGGCCAGACAGAGUUUCCGCCGGGACUUACUUGGCGGCUAUUGGAGAGCCUGGGAGCUAUGGGUCUAUGUAUACUUCCCAGCAUUAGCCCCAGAGUUGGAGGUGGCAGGGGUUCCCAUGACCCCAUACUCACUGGUGUUCGAGGGCCCGCACCGGCCGAGACCUCGAGAGACCCUCCUUUACCUGCGACAGUACUUUGACACUGUGCGACAUUCAGAGAUCACAUGGCAGCCCUGGGUGUCCCUGGGUGAUGGUCUCCGACUUCAGUAUACCGGAGGGUCGGACAUCUCCCAGUAUAGGGUCCUGCUCGAAGGGCCGGUUGGCAGGGCAUGGUUCCUGGGGGAACGCUUUCUGCGCCAGGUAUGGGGGUAUCUUUCUCAGGAUCCUCCCGCAGUGCCCCUAGUCAGUAUGCGGACUGCUGACAGGUUCUCUUACUCGGAGGUAGUCGGCGCCAUGCUGGGUAGUGAUGCUUUACUAUAUAUUGAGGAGGGGGACUACGCCACUUACCGUCACAUAUACUUGACGCCUCCAUUGACGGGAGCUCGUAUCCCGAUGAUGAAGCCUGCCGGUAUGUCAUCCUCGGGCCAGGCUUAG